AUGAGUGAGAAAGAUGAGGACAAGGCUGCCGAGGGCCGUGUCGGAGACGGUUUAGCCAGCAGCUCGUCUCCCGAAAGCCAAAAGCGCUCGCCAGGCCAAUCAAGACGCAAGCCCCUGCCCGGCAUUUUCACGCAACGAGCCCCGAGCUUCUCCAGCCGCGCCACCGGAACGCCUCUUGAGAGCGGGAUCGGCCGGCGAAGCAUGGCCGUCGAUUCUCCGUUUGGCCGGCUUCCCCUAACGGCGGCCAGAGGCACGCCGAGCCAUACGUUCAUGUUCGGCGGCUACAGCGGGCUUGAGGAGAUGCGGGAGGCGCUGGAGCGACAGGCGAGUAUCAUUGACAGGAUGAUUGUCGCCGAAAAGGAGGUCGCUGCCGAGGCCGAAGACGCCAGGAAAGCCCGCAUUGAGGCUGAGCUCGCGGCAGAGGAACUGGAGCGACGGGUGGAAAGCCUGACCAAGCAGCUCAGCAUCAGCAAAAAUGAUCGGACGACUGCCCUUAGCGGAUCAGUCAGCGAGAAGGUGACGUCCACGCAGCGGGAGAAGGCUCUGUGGGAGCAACUUGUGGAGGCAAAUACGAGGGUCUCGAGUCUCGAGGCUAAGGUGUUGGAGUCGAACGAAUCAGCCUGUCGCGCAGAGAAGUUCCUCGGAGAGACCGAGAGCAGGCUGGCAGUGGUUGAGGAACAGCAUGAACGCGACAGGGAAUCUUGGAGAUCAAUGUCGUACAGAAAGAAGUCCUACGCCGAUGAAACCCAGACGCACAUAGGAAAGGGGAAAGAUGGCUCAAGCGAUAGCAAGGCAUCCACAAAGUCCGACUCCACGAAACAGGCAAGCGACUCGGGAGAUGAGAGCAGGAAGAGGCCGCCUCCUUCGACGACUGAUACGUCGUCCAAUUGCCCCAUCUACGAGGAAGAGGAUGUGACAGGUGAAGUGCACCUGGAGACCUCCGGUUCCGAGGACGAUUACCCAGACGACAAGAUAAUGCGCGGCCAUGCACACGUCGGCUGGAGCGAAUCGGUCAGUAUGCCUCGGGCUGACUGGGAAGCCGUGCUGGACGAAUACUCCAGGUUGCAGAAUAUGAAGGAGAUCUUUCAAUUUGGCGCUGCAGCACAAGAUUCACUUCGUGCGGCUGCUGAUGCCGGCCGAGAGAGUGAGUUGCUCGAGAUCAGUGAUCUCGAGGCUAUCUUGGAGGGGAGUUUCGAUACGUGGGCGCAGGAGGAGAACGAACAGGAACAGGAGGCCGACGACUCAAGGCUGACCAAGAGCUCUCAGCAAUCUGAACUUGUUAACAUCGAGAGGGAAAAGUCGACUCUCAGCAAGCAGUUGGCAAGCGCUGGGUCAAUGAUCGAGGGAAUGAAGCGCAGCUCGACCGAGCGUACAGUCAAUGCAGACGCCACCAACAAGCAGUUUCAACAUCUCGACAAGGCCCUCAAAGAAAAACAUCAAAGGCAAGCAGCCCUCAACAGAGCUUAUGAAGAGAAAUUCGGAAAAAAUUGGUUAAGGAGCACGACAUGUGCCAGGAGCAGGCAUCUGCACAGGGAGCAACGACUGGGCAAGCUCAUGACGCAAAUGACCGUUAAGUCAAAGGAAACGGGGACGCAACUCACCAAGCUCACCUCCGAGGCGAACGAGCUUGAGAUUGCGCUUUUCCAGGCUGAAGAUCGAUACGAAGCGGUACAAGAACCGCUCCGAAAACGGCUCCAGCAAAUCAAGCGUGAGCUCGAAGAAGCACAAGAAGCCGUUGCCGCGGCGAUCCAAGACCUCUAUCAUGAGACGCAUCAAUUGCAUGGACACAAGAACGAAAGGGGGAAUGAUGAGGAGAAGGACAGAGAGGGGGUGCUCGACCAGCCACCUGUCAGAAAGCUCAUCAAGUGGGUUAAAAGCCUUGAACACGAGUUAAGGCAGGCCAAGAGGAACCAUGUUGAACUGGAAGUUCGCGUUGGAAGGCUUGAGGCGUGGCAGAAGACAACUGCAACAAGGCUUCAUACCACAAUAGGGGAUCUGAAAGGUGUCAAGCAGGGACAGGACGGCGUCCAGGAGAACUUUGAGGGCGCGCCUGAGGGGCCCAAGACAAACGAGCCGCGGCCGUGGCGGUCCUUGUCAGGCCUGGAAUCGACCCUUCGCAGUAACGGCUCGGCCUGGAGGCGUCUGUUAAGUUUUGUGUGGGCAGGCUUUCUCUAUUUCGGGAUCUUGAUGCAUGACUUGGUUCUGGGAACGAAUCAGCGACUGGCGACAUGGUCCAAGAAGAUAUCUCCGACGGAGCUGAUGCAGAGGGGACGACCAUUUCGGUGGCCGCAGCUUCAAGCAAGCGACCUGGUCGUUGUGCUAUUCCAUGUGACUGUAUGGGCCGUCAUUCUCAAAGCAAUUUUGACAUGGUGGGCGCUGAAGGAGCAGCAGGACAUGUGGCUCAGAGCAAACGGCCUGACGAGGGCGUACUACCACGAUAUGACUGGAUGCGAUCCCAUUAUGGUGGAUGAGCGAUUCUUCAGCGACGGGUUCCGCAUGGUCAACCAAGGGCUUGCAGCUAUUCCACGAUGGCUGCUGCUGAUGUUUGACGCUGCGAGAUGGGGUUUGGAGGCAUGUCUCGGUGUGAGGAGAAUAUCGGCGUGCUUGGGAUAG